GGAAGGAAGGCGCGUUCAAGAGGGAAGGGUGGUGGUGGUGGUCCGGGAGUGGUGUCGCUGCCCCGCGCCGUCGAGGAACGUGGGGCUCCUCAAAAGGAGCUGCAUAUAACUGUAUCUUCAGUAUGCUGUUGCCAUCUAUCAGAAUGCAGAGGUCAUUUCAGCUGGCAUACAGGACGUAUUUGAUACCUCAUCGCACCUGUAUUUUUCAGUGCUUGAAAGGACAACCCUCCUUGCUUAAUCCUAGAUACAAAAGAAUAUCCUUGGCUUUGAGCUCCCAACAUCAGUGUCUACAUGCAUCUGUUACUGUUUGUGUUUCCAAGGAAACAGAAUCUUUGGGAAGAGUAUCAUCCCAACCAGAAGACUCUCGUUCUAAAGAACUGAACAAAGAAACACAUACCAGAACAACAGGUAACUUAGCCCAAGGAGCCCCUGUAGAUCCAAGUUCUGCAGAGCUUGAUCCCCUACAAGACAAGUCACUUAGUCUCGUGCAGAGAUUCAAGAGAGGUAUUAAGCAGUAUGGAAAAGUUUUUGUUUCAGUGCAUCUUUUCACUUCCAGCAUAUGGUUUGGAGCCUUUUACUAUGCAUCUUUAAAAGGAGUAAAUGUUGUUCCUUUCCUCGAAUCCUUAGGACUGCCUUCAAGCAUUGUAAAUAUACUAAAGAAUUCUCAGGGUGGAAAUUUAAUAACUGCAUAUGCACUCUACAAGCUUGCAACUCCAGCCAGAUAUGCCGUGACUCUAGGUGGAACAUCCAUCACCGUGAAGUAUCUCCGUAAGCAUGGAUACAUAUCCACACCACCUCCAGUCAAGGAAUACAUUCAGGACCGAAUGGAAGAAACAAAAGAGCGUCUCUCGGGAAAAAUGGAGGAAACCAGAGACAUGAUAAGUGAAAAAAUGGAAGAAACAAAGGAGAUGCUAACUGGGAAAAUGGAAGAAACAAAGGAGAGGCUAACUGGGAAGAUGGAAGAAACAAAGGAAAGAAUAACAGAAAAGAUACAGGAAACCAAAGGAAAAGUUUCAUUUAUAAAAAAGAAAGAAUAAGAUUGGAGGGGCAGCAGAGAGAAAAACUGAUGCAUAUGCAACCCUUUGGCAGACUUGGAAUAUGUACUGUCGCUGCUUCUGUUUCUGCUAUAAUUAUUUUGAUUGACUAGAAAGGGCCAGUUAUCUAUAAACUGAAGUCAGACCAUUAUUUAAUGCUUAUACCCACCUCCAAAAAUUAUCAAAACCUGUCUUCAGAUUAGUAUAUUGUAAAUACAACAGCAAUGGGGUUCCCAGCCAGGUAUUCUUAGGUCUGCUCAGUUGAUGGCCAUCAAAACUGGAUCCAUACGGAGAAAUUAACAAAGGUUGUCUGUACACUAUUUCUAGCUGUUAUCAUCUACCAGAUCAGAGGCAUACUAAUAGAAUGGUUGGGGGGCAUGUGAACAAUGUACUGGGGGAUGGGGUAGAUCGUUCAGUGUUGUAAAUUACACUUCACACUAUAGCAAGAUCAAGGAACUUUAAGAGAGAGAUUUCUCUGUGCUGUUUAUUAUUAAAGGUUGAUUUAAAUGGCGGUGUUAGAAUGAGUGAAACUAUCCUGCUCUUACAUAUUUAUAGUAAAGAAUGGGUACUGAUUCUCCCAUGAUAAGCCUCAAAUAAAUGUUGAAUUUUAUACCAAUGCUGAACAUUUUUAAAAGGAAGGAAGUAAACAAUUGUAUGCUCAUGGAAAUAAAUGUUUACAGUUUAUAGCUCAAAGGGUAAAUGGUGCUGCCCUUCACAUGGAAGAAACCUGUAUUUCUGUUAGAGAGUAAACAGUCUUUGUUACACUAUUCUGUGCUGUAGUUUAAUACGGACAAAGCAAAAGGGAUGUGGUCUUGAUUUUGGUUGUUUGAGUCACUGAACAAUCACUGAUCACUUUACAUUUUCCUGUGGUUAAAAAGAAAAAAUUCCUGGGGAAGAGCAGUGGAAGGGACUGCUGUACCAAAGCAAGAGAAGAAAGCCCAGUCUGUCCACACAGUCUGUUGUGCACGCCACCUUAGUGCUUCAUUGGAAUCAUAGGAAGUGUAGAAGUGUUUUUUCUCAAUGAGAUUAUUACAGGAUUGCAACUGUAACAGCUCAUUUUGUAACCCAGCUAGUUUAAGCUUGCAUGGGAAAAGUAAAAACAAUGGGUAUGUGUCUCCAUCCAGAUUAGCUUUUAUCACUCUGGUCAAAUUGCAUCACUUCUGCCAUUGCAAUU